AUGGUCAGCCAAAAGGUUACUGUGGCGGAUGACGGGGCAGAACUGCAACAGAUCUCUCGUACCAACGAUGACGAGAACCGUCAAGAGAGUGUGCUUUCCCAGCAGGAGCAACACUAUCCGACAGGAUUGCGAUUCGUCCUCUUGACUACCGGACUGAUAUUCACCAUCUUCCUGUCGGCUUUGGACACGUCGAUCAUAUCGACCGCCAUACCCAGAAUCACCGACCAAUUCGGAACCGUCAAGGACGUAGGUUGGUAUGGAUCUGCCUACACGAUCACCAACGCAGCGUUUCAAUCGACCUGGGGCAAAGCUUACAAGUACUUCCCUCUCAAGAGGGUGUUCUUGCUUACGGUGUUCAUCUUCGAACUUGGCAACACAAUAUGCGCCGUUGCUCCCAGUAGCUCCAUCCUGAUCCUGGGCAGGAUUGUUGCGGGGAUGGGAGGUGGAGGAGCCAUGACAGGGGCGUUCAUCAUCAUCGCGAUCAGCGUAAAACCCCAAUACAGAGCCGCGUAUAUGGGAGUCCUAGGGGUGACGUUCGGGACCGCCAGCGUCGUAGGGCCACUCCUGGGUGGUGUGCUGACCGAUGGGCCGGGGUGGCAGUGGUGCUUUUGGAUCAGUCUUCCGUUAGGCGCUCUAGCGGCGUUCAUUAUGGUUAUGACCGUCAAGACACUUCCGUCAACCGAAACGGUGCGAGUCCCUUUAAAGGAGAAGAUUGUUUCGCUCGAUCUAGCUGGGAGCCUGCUUGUCCUAGGCUCAAUGACUUGUCUCGUCCUCGCACUGGAGAAGGGAGGGGUGUCUCUGCCCUGGAGAAAUUGGCGCGUCGUUGCCAGCCUCGCAUCCUCCGCCGCCCUCCUGGUCAUCUUCGUCAUCAACGAAUGGCUGAUGGGUAAUCGAGCUAUGAUUCAGUCUCAUCUCCUCAAGAAGCGCUCCAUUGUCAUCAACCUGAUCUAUCAGUUGUUCCUCGCAGGGCUGUUUUUCCCGCUAUCGUAUGCCCUGCCAAUCCAAUUUCAGUCGGUGGGCAAUCACUCUGCCUCAGAGAGCGGUCUUCGUUUGAUACCGCUGGUAGCGGGCGUUUCAUUUUUCACCAUGGUCGCCAAUGGGGUUCUCACCUUUUGGCGACACUAUACGCCGUUCCUUGUUGUCGGCGCGAUUGCUGGGACGAUUGGCGUCACCAUGGUUCACACGUUGGGAGCAGAUGCGAGUCUACGCUCCUGGAUCGGAUUCGAAGUUCUGACAGCGAUGGGCGUGGGUCUUGCACUCCAAGUUCCCAUGAUCGCUAACCAGGCAGCUGUAGGCGCGGAGGAUAUGGCAGCGGUGACCGCUUUGACGUUGUUUUCGGAGAACAUCGGCACGUCCAUCUUCAUCGCCGCGACAGAAGCCGCGUUCACCAACAGUCUGAUCUCCAGUCUGGGACACAACGUUCCGAAGCUCCAGCCCGACGAGGUCGUCAACGCUGGUGCGACAGAAAUCAGACGAUUGUUCGCGAAAGACCAGGUGCAGGGAAUCCUGGAGUCAUAUCUGCAAGGCUGCCAGGAUAGCCAGCUUGUCCCAGUUGCAUGCGGCGGAGCGGCGACAGCGGUCUCGAUGCUUCUCGCCGUUCCUGCAAUUGCGCGAUCAUGGGACGACUGGAGGCACAAGCCGCAUGCUCGCUGA